AUGGAUAACUGUAUGAUUAGCGCAUUAUAUCAUCAAGCGUUGACCGGUCACAAAAGAAGUGACAACGGUGUUACAUCAUCUCAAGUGUCAAAGGUAAUUGAGAGUGUAAAUAAUGUGUGUGGAGUUGUUGUGUCAGAAAAAAAUGUAAGGGGGCGUUUGAAGACUAUUAAGAAAGAAUAUGUUGAACUUCGUCAAUUAUUAAGUAUGAGUGGUUUUGGGUUGGAACCUAACACUGGACGUGUCACAGCCGAUGCAUUGGCUUGGGAGGAGUUUCUUAAGGGGAAACCAGAAUUUGGAAAGUGGAAGAACAAACUUUGUCCUCGGUAUGAUGAGUUGGAGGUUAUCCUUGGAAAUGAUGUUGCUACAGGAGAGCGCUCAAUAGCCGGCAAUGACGAUAUCUCUCCCAUCCAUGUAGUAGAUGAAAGUGUAAAUGAGAUUGAUAGUCAAAGUGAAGCUACAAAUUCAAGCAAAAGAAAUGAUUCCAAGCGUAGCGCCGAAGGAGGAUCUAACAGAAGCCGGCGUAGACGUACCCAACCCGAUGACAACCCAAAGGAGUCUGAAACGAUCCGCCCCCUGGAUAUGCAUCAUGGAAUGGAAGUUCGCUUUGGACUCUCCAAGGGACCAGCCCACCCCAGUUUCAUCUGA